AUGAAACAACCCCUUGAUUUACAACAACAAUUAUUAUUUCAUACUCAAUUUAGUAUUGAACCUUGUAGAGGAAAAGUCUUUGUUUUAAUAGUUAUUAACAGUCAUGUUAAUAAUACUAUUCGACGUGAAGCCAUUCGAAAAACUUGGGGUAAUCAAGAUAGUGAAAUUAACUGUACCUCAAACAGAUUGUGGAAGAUUGUGUUUAUACUUGGUAUGAACGAUGACAAUGAGCCACCAACUCAAGCGAUUGAACAAGAGUACAAAAUCCAUCGAGAUAUUAUCUUGGCCAAAAUAAUAGAUGAUCAUCGUAACUUGACCAAAAAGACUGCACUAGGGAUGUUUUGGGCUGAAAGAUACUGUAAACCCAAGUAUUAUUUAAAAGUCGACGAUGAUGUCUGGAUUAAUAAAUGGCAAAUGUUGCAAUACUUAAGAAGACGUUAUAAAAAAGUAUUGCCAUAUAAUGAUCGAUUAUGGCUGGGAUAUGUUAGUCGUAAGAACAGAAUUCCAAUUCGAGAUCCUGAUGACAAAUAUUAUGUAUCAUUUCGUGAUUUUCCAGGUAAGCUAUUUCCGCCUUACUGUUCAGGCUUCGCCUAUGUUAUGUCGGAAAUGGUCUUGACAGCCAUGGUCGAGGCUAUGAAAUGUACACCUCAAUUACCAGGGAUUGACGACGUUUAUAUCGGAGUUUUGGCUAGAGUGAUCAAUAUAAAGCCAAGACAUAAUCCACGAUUUCAUUUACACUUAAGAUCACGCCGAAGGAAUCGAUUUACUGUAUCGGAAAUUAAUGCUACGCUGGCAGAGCAUGGUGUUGUAUCUCGUUCAAUGCAAACGGCCUUACAUAAACUGGCUUUAAAUGCUGUUAAAUUAAGUAACGAAUCAUAA